UGCUGCCAUAAACAUGUGCCUUUUAAUUACUUGUACUGUUGGCUAAUAUGUUUCAGGGGCGCCUUGGUUAAAAAAAAAACAAAAAAAAAAAAACUACCAACCACUGGUCUACAAUAUGGAUUUAUUGACCAGAGCACAGGACGGCCAGGUGGAAAACUCACCAGUCAAACUCCAGCAGCAGGCUACAUCCUGUGAAGCACAUCGGUUUUCACGCAGGAGUGAGACGUCUUUCCCGAAUCCUCAGAACAUGGCAGAGGGAGACGGCAAACACAAGAUGAAUCCAGAACCCAGUCAAGCACGGGUGAAGGAGGAGAAGGAGGACUGUGACUUACAGAUAAAUCCAGCACCCAGUGUAGCGAAAGUGAAGCAGGAGAAGGAGGACUAUGACUCACAGGAUGGACAUUCCCAUCAAUUCAACUUUAAAUUCAGUGACAAAGACAGAAUGUAUACCCUUAACCCUGUUUGCCCUGCCACAGUCCUAGAGGCCCUGAAAACACAUAGUGAAUAUAAUGCAAAGAAAUAUAAAGAUGAAAAUGUUGUGAUUACAUUGUCCAUGCAAGACAGGCAAGUUGCUGUUGCAACGCAUUUCCCUUGUCAUUUAAUUGAAGAUGAUAAAGUGCUGGAAAUAUAUAAAACAUCAAAAAAGGUUGAAGAGAUCAAACCAGACCAAGAGACACCUUCACAGGGCGACUAUGUUACGUUCUUCAUUGAUAAAACUGGAGGAGCAAACACCACAACAAAGCAGCUGUUAAGAAGUAACACUAACAACCAGUUUGAUUAUCUGUGUGUCUAUGCAGAGAAGAGGAUGACUGUGGAAGAAGCACUCAAAAGAGAUGGUCGCUUCAUUGAUAACCUCAGCAACUUCACCUUGUCUGAUGAGGCAGACUCAGACAGUCUUACUUACCACACUCAGUCAGUUGAAAAGCUAGAUGGAAAGUUCUUUAAGAUAUGUCUUCCACGAACACAAGGUCCAGAAAAUAUAAUAGCCAAAUCCAUUGUCUCUGGCAAAAAACGAAUAUCACAAACUAAGCAGAAAAACCAAGAGGCAUCACAUGAUUCACAAAACAGUAGCAAGACGUCAGGGGCAAAUGAAGCACUCUUAGAUCUAGUUAGUUGGAGUGGCAAGAAUGUCAAGAGUGUCAGCAAUGAUGAUGAAGAAACUUUAAAACUCCUACGUGAGCAGUUUCCAGCUCUUAAGAAAUUGAUGGAGAGUCGAUUUCCUGGUGAUUCUCUUCAGAAAGCUCUGAAUCUAAAGAAAGAAAACUUUGGCAAGAUCCAACAGGCAUUUAGUGAAGUUCACAGAGUCAGGCAGCUGCUAGCAUCUAGCGAGUCAGUUUGCAAAGUCAUUGUUGAGAAUUUUUGUCAGGGUACUGGCUUUAUACUGUUUGAUAACUUCAUCUUGACUAAUGGUCAUUUACUCAAAGACUGUGAUGAAAGGCUGGAGGAUACGAUGCAGUUACCUACAGAUGUUUAUGCUGUAUUUAACUAUGAAAAACCAUCUGGUGGAGAUUGGUUUAGAUUCAAAGUUAAGAAAACAAUCAUUGACUUCAGUUAUAGUGGUGGAUCUGAACUGGAUUAUGCCAUACUUGAGCUUGACCGUGACACACUGGCAGUAGGUCCUGACACAAAGGCCUCUCGGGCACAAAAGAAGCUUCCACCAGGACUACUUAAGAAAUGUGGUCCAGUACCUAAAAAUGGUGAAGCCUGCAUUAUCGGUCACCCUGCAGGUGGUGUGAAACAAAUGGAUCCCACAUGUAUCAUUGAGAAAGAGAAGAGAGGGGAGGCAGCACUCAGUCAUUACAAAGACACUCUGUUAACUCUCCAUUCAAUCAAACAAGUGCUAAAUCAAGGCAUUAUGAACAUCAUGCAGGGUGGACCUAAUGUGGACAAAGUAGGGACCUACAACACUUUCAUGUAUCAUGGCUCCUCUGGCUCCCCAGUGUUUGAUGCUCAUUGCAGGGUGUUUGGUUUGCACACUGCUGGCUUUACCUAUGGGUUUUCAGGGAAUGAAAAGAGUGUGAUAGAGUACGCCCAUCCUCUGAUUGACAUAUUUAAGAACUUUGUGAUGAAGCUGAAGGACAGAAAAGAUGACAAGCUUUUGCAGAGAGUUUUGAAAGAAGUAGAGAACAACCCACAUUUGAAAGAGGUGGGUGAGUCCAACAGUGAUGAUGAGCCAAUGGAGACUGAUGGAUAGCAAGAGUAACUUAAAUCUUCUGGC